AUGUUUAUAAAUAAAUUUGCAUUUGAAGUUUAUGACAAAGGUAAGUUGAUGUUUUGUAAUAGCAGGGUGUGUAUGAGUUUUGGAGAUUACAUAAAGAAUAUUUUUAGUGUUCAAGCGCAUGUAAUUUACGUUUUGUGGCCUAAGAGUUGUUAUCCUUGACCUUACACUGAUCAUAUUCAAAAUUUAUUAAUAAGUAAUGUUAUAGAUGAUAUAUGGUUUGAAAUUUAUAAUGUUUUGUUACCUAAAGUAAUGGUUAUCAUUUCCAAAUUUUGGCGGGAAGUUUGAAAAACGUUAUUUGUGUAAAAAGAGCCGGCUAAAGUAAGAUAGAUCGAGCAAACAUUGGAGAGACGCGGAACAAGAUUCUUUUUUGACCACGUCGGUCACUUAAAAAAGGUUUUAUUAUACUUUUAUUAACUGUUUCAUACUUUUUUAUUGAGCAUAUUACUCUUUUUAUACCUUAAGUUUGAGUUUUUUUAAAUUUUAAUUAAAAUUUAUAUAUUUUUUUAAUUUUUUUUAAAUUUUAAGACGUAAAAAACGUGAAUUGUGACACUAUUUUGUUAAUUAAAUUAAUUUCACCUAAUUUUACAGUACUACACAUGCGAAAUCGACGUUAUGUCAACAACAACAAUGAUGAGGACGGUGAAUAUGAAGGUAAGUCUACAAGGGUUUUCUGUUUUUUAACGGUUGAAAGAAAUGUUUUUCGUAUUGUAAAGAAAGUUCUUGAUGAUUCUACUCAAAAGAAGCACAUUUUAUUUUAAGCAGCGUGCGGGUGACAAUUUAUACGCUGAAUGCCAUUUUUGCAUUCGGCAACAAAAUGGUUGACAUUUCAAAAGCUGUAAAGAAAGUUCUUGCAAUUUUUAGACUGUAAAGAAAGUUUUUGCUAUUUUAUGAUCUGUAAAGAAAGUUCUUGCCAUUUUAUGAGCUGUAAAGAAAGUUGUUGCUAAUUCUGUUUAAAAUAAGCAAGUUUUUUGUUCUGCAGCCCGCGGUUGACAAGUCCCACAAUGAAUGCCAUUUUUACUCUUUUUUUGCUUUUUAAAGACUUAUUGCUAUUUUGUGACUCGUAAAGAAAGUUAUUGCAAUUUUUUUCAAAAAGCUCUAUUUUGUGUUAUGCAGCCUGCGGUUGACAAGUUCUUCUAUGAAUUCUUUGCUUGCGCAUCCAAAGUUCUUGUUGUUUUAUGACCUGUAAAGAAAGUUAUUGCUAUUUUUCCCGAAAAAAGCUCAUUUUGUGUUAUGCAGCCUGCGGGUGACAAUUUAUACGAUAAAUGUCUUUUGCUUUUGUAACGAAGGUUUUUAUCAUUUUAUAGUCUGUAAAGAAAUUUCUUGCCAUUUUUUGACUUAAAGAAAGUUCUUGCCGUUCCUAUUCAAAAAACUCACAUUUUGUGUUAUGCAGUCUGCGGUGACAAGUUAUACGCUAAGCUUCAUUUUUGCUUUUUUAACGAAUAUUUUUAUCAUUUUCUAGUCUGUAAAGAAAGUUUUUGCCAUUUUUUGACUUGUAAAGAAAGUUCUUGCCGUUCCUAUUCAAAAAACUCACAUUUUUUGUUAUGCAGCCUGCGGGUGACAAGUUAUACGAUGAAUGCUAUUUUCAAACUUCAGUGGUAAUUUUUGACUAUUUUUUGCUUUGUAAAGAAAGUUUUUGCCAUUUUUAAUAAUGCAUAUGAUAAAUAUUUAUAAUUCGUUGCUUUUCACAAACUUGUAUCAACAUGCAUGUACUGGUUGUUGUUUCACGUACUAUUUUUGGGUGUUUUAAUUAAGUCGGAGAUGGGCUUCUGUUUGUUUUCUGAUUCGAAGGAAACAGAAUCGGAAGGAGCGCAUCUGGGCUACGGGGACAAAUAUUUAGGUGAAGAAGGGUUUGUCUUCUGCUUUCCGCAACGCUGGUCACAAUGUUCGUAGAGCAUCGCACUUUUAUGGGGUUUUUAAGUAUUUUGAAGUUUUUGUUGAUUGUAAUGGGUUUUUUAUUACUGUAUAGUAUGGUAAAUCAAACUUUAGGGUAGGGUAUCGGGUAACUGAAAGUAGGAGAGGGUAGGGCAGAUUAAAGGGUUAUGGUAUGGUCAUACUGUGGGAUAGGGUAAGAGCAUAUUUUAGGGUACGGUGGGACAUACUGUAGAGUAGGGUAUGGCCCUACUGUGGAGUAGGGUAAGAGCACACUUAUAAAGUUUGGUAACACCACUUUUUACGCACCCUGUAAAUUAUAAUCUAGGGUAAAGUAAUGAGUAAGGUAGAAUAGGGCAUACUGUAGGACAACGUAUGGGCUUUCUUUUGAUUAGCGUAAGAGCAUACUGUAAGUCAUACUCCAGGUUAAGGUAUUCAGUAAUAUCAGGUUGGAUAGAGCAUUCUGUGGCAUAAGGUAUGGAUCUACUGUAUGAUAAAUUAAGGGCAUAUUGUAAGGUAGGUUAUGGCCUUACUGUGCGGUAGAGUAAGGAAAUACGGAAGGAUAGAGUAAGGGUGUACCGUAGAGGAUGAUGCAGCCUAAACUACGGUAGGGUAUAUAACACAUUAAAGAAACGUACGCCUUAGGUUAGGCUAUGCUAUUAUGUAACGGCAUAUUGUGGUGUAAAGUAAGGUAGGGGCAUGCCAUAGACUUGGGUAAGGAAUAUUAGUAAGGGUGGCAUAAAGUACACUACAGUAUGAUAAGUAGGGGUAAAAUAGAAAAAAAAUUUAGAAUAGAAAAAAGCAUACUGUAGAAUUAGAAAAUUGAUUUAAAAAAUUGCUAAACAACAUUUUUUUUGUGUUUUAAGGCUAUUUUUAAAUGUAAAAUGCCACUAAAUAUAAUUUUGAUAUGAAUUAGCCUUUCAUAGUCAAAGCUUACCUUUAACCCUCAAUUUGAUAUUAGUUUUCAGUGGUUUGAGUUUCGAAAAGUUCCCGAAAUUCGAUCGGGUUUGGCUAGAAACUGGCUUAAUUCGGAUCGCACGCUUCGAUUUCCUGAAGAAGCGGUUUGGAGCGGUCAGAGGAGAAGCGAGCUGCCUCAGGGGAUUAGUAUUAAGUAACAUUAAUUAGGGUUGCUUUUUGAGACGAAGGAGGGGGGGGUAGGGUUAAAGUGGGUCUAGGGUAGCGUAGGGACAAAGUAAAAGCGGGGAAGGUAAGGCAGGGUAUAAUAUGGAAGAGUUAAGACGAGGCUUACAUAGGUAGGCUAGGGUGGAGUAGGGUAAGGCAGCGUAGAGAUAAGUCAAACGUAGGGUAGGUUAUAAAAAAGGUAUGACAGUGUAGGUUUAAUGUGUGGUUGGGGUAGGGUAAGGCUUGGUUAAGAGUAGGGUAUGGUGGUGAAAAGUUAGGGUAGGGCUAAGAAACAUUAGGGUAGAUUUAGGGCAGGUAGGCUCGAUUAUGGGCAUUUAAGGCAAGAGUGGAGUUACAGUAAUGAUCAGGGGCAAGGACGGUGCUGGGCGGGUGAUUUUGUUCUAGAGGGGGGGGUGAUAAAAAGUUGUUUUUUUUUCAAAAAUUAGCUGGGGACCACAAUCUACCGCUACCCCACAAUCACUUCUACUCCAAUCUCUACCUCUAUUUCUACCCUACCCUUGCCCCUACUCCUACCAUUGUCCUUAACCCUCACUAUUAUUACUCUAUGCCAAACUUUUCUCUACCACAAACCCUACCUAUACCCUGACCUGAACCCAUACUCUUACCCAUAUCCUUAUCCUUUUCGCCUCUUAUUGCCCAGAAUUGGACUAUUGGUUUUUUUUCAAAUUUAUUGCACAAAACGUUAUUUAUAUAUACAUUUUAUACAGGGACGUCGUUUGGGGGGAUCGGAGUGACUCCCCUCCCCCCCCAGAGCCGAUCCGAAAAAAAAUUCACAGGUACCUGUACGUGAAAAAACGAAAAAAAAAAUUUUCGAAAAAUCGGUCCACAGGUAGCUUACCUGUGGACCAGAAAAUUUUUUGGGUCUCACCCCCCCCCCCCCCCCUCAGAGAAAAACCGUAGCGACGUCCCUGUUUUUAUAUCUUAUAGAUCACUCUGAUUCUUUAAAUACAUUGUUUUUGCUUUUCUUCAUCAGCUAUUUUUUAUAAACGAACAUUAUACUCAAUCUAGCAAGCACCUGUUCUAAAACAAGCCAAAGACGACUAAUUUAGUAAUUUCAGAGAUAAGAAAAGGUUGAGUAAUUGUUUUCUUAACAACUCUUUUGCAACAUUUUAUGAUUUCUAGGCUGAGACUGGACUAGUUUUUAAGUUUUUACUAUUUUAAAUUUAAAAAAAAUAUUUUUUAAAACUGUUUUAGGUAUGAAAGAGAAUGACAGGCCGACGUAUGGACGAGAGAUCAACAUGAAUUCACAUCCAGAUUUGAGCACGAAGACCUCCAGUAAACGAUAUUGUUGUAUUGGAGUGGGGAUAUUCAUUGUUGUGGGUAAGAAUGGCAUUUUACUAUUUUUAUACUAACCCUUAUGCGUAAUUUAUUUUUCUUUGCUUAACUAAAAUCUACUCUACUUUAAUUACUAAAAGCUACACUGCAUUGACUAAAUUAAAUGUGCCUCACUCUACCUUGGCUAACUAAAACCUAUCUUAUCCUGCUCUGAUUUACUGAUGUCUAAUAUACCUUGCCUUAUCAAAAUCUAUUCUACUCGACCCUUUCUAACGAAAUAAUGUUCUACUUUGCCUUGGCUGGGUAAAGCUCGCCCUACUUUGCUCUGCCUUACUAAAAUCCGCCCUGACCUUAUUUUUACUCUUAACAGCCUAUACCUAUUCCACUGUUAUUAUCCUGCUACACACUUCCUCGUUUGGCUAAAAUCUAGUCUACCAUAUCUUUACUACUCUGCCCUACUUGAAUACAAUAUGCCCUACCUUGCUUCGCCUUACUGAACUCGUUCCUAGUCUUACCCUUACUUCUACCCUUAUUUCUAUACCUACAUCGAUCUUUUUUACCCUACUCUGCCAUGUUUUGCUAAACUUUAUGUUGCCUUGCUUUACUAAAACCUACUCUACACUGCCCUGCUCUACUUUUUGUUACAGUACCUAUGACUAUCUAUAUAUUUUUCAUCUGUAUAUAUGUAUAAUAUAAUAUCUAUAUAUAAUUUCAGUGAUAAUCCUCCUAAGCAUAUGUGGCAUGACCUACUAUCGACAGCAGAUUCGAAAGAAGGAGAUCAAGGACUUGCACACUUAUAUGAAGAGUCUGGUCGAUAAUGUGAAUAGUUCUCCCAAAAGCCGUUGGAAGGCCAAGUUCAAUCCGUUUGGAAUGAAAAACAAGGAUUACAAUUACAAAACACUGAAGAAUGUGACUGCAGUCAAGGAAUAUGUAAAAAUAUUGGAAGGAUUCUUUGCUUCUGAUAAGAUGAAGGCUCAUUUGGCGUGAGUUUUUGUGGUUAAUAUCGGAAAAUGGCAUUUGUAUAGCUAAAAAAAUAUAAAUAUGAGCAAGGUUAUGGAUAGUACAAGGCUACGGGUAGGACAAGAUUAUGGAAAUGGCAAGGCUUUGGGUUAGGCAAAGUCAUGGAAAGGGCAAGGCUAUAAGGAGGGUAACGCUGUGAAUAGGACAAGGCUAUGUGUAGGGCAUGGCUGUGAGUAGGAUAAGGCUGUGGGUAGAGCUGGGUUAUAAGAAAGGAAAGGUUAUGGAUAGAGCUGGGCUAUGGGGAGGGCAAUGAUAUGAGUAAAGCAAGGCUAUGGAGAGGACAGGACUAUAAGUAGGGUAAGGUUAUGGAGAGGGCAAGCCUAUGGGUAGGGCAAGGCUAUCGGGAGAGCACGACUAAUACAAGGGAAGGCUAUGGGGAUCACAAGACUUUGAGGAAGGCAAGGCUAUGGAUAGUUAAAGGGUAAAACUAUGAGCAGGACAAAGCUGUGGGAAAGGUUAUGUUAUGUGGACGGUAUUCCAGGUUAAGCUUGUACUAUCUAUGGUAGGGUAGAGUAAAAGAGGGUUCAUUACGUUGGGGUAGGGCAGAGAUGGGUAAGGCUAAGUAGGGUAACGUAAAGCUGGGUAGAGUAGGAUAAGGUAGAAAGUUAUAGUACGUAGGAUAAGUACAGUAGAAGGUUAAGGUUGUUACUUUUUUAAUAAAAAAUUUUUAAAAUUUGUUUUUAGUGAAAUCGACACCUUCCCAGCCUCCCAAUUGCCCAGUCGUUUCGAUGCCAGAGAAAAGUGGCCGUUAUGUCCAACACUCCACAAUGUUGUCAAUCAAGGAGGAUGUGGGUCAUGCUUUGUAAGUUAUUCCGCUUUGACAAGUACCAUAGUAGUGGUUUUGACAAGUACUAUAUAGCACGGCUUUAUUCAGUUUUUAAUAGUACUAUAUAGUACGGUUUUAUUAAGCUGUGGCUAGUACUAUAUAGUACGGAUUUAUUCAGCUUUUACUAGUACUAUAUAGUACGACAAGCUUAAAUGAAAUACUGGUCUUAAGAGUACCAGUACUGCAUGCACGUAUUCCCACGCCGUAUUUUACAAUACUUUUUUGAAUUCAAAAUUUAUAUUAUCACCCUUAUCAAUUCCAAUCUCAUCACUUUAAGGCCGCUUCAUCGAUCACGGUGGCCUCGGACCGAGCCUGCAUUCACAGUAACGGAACGUUCAAAAGCAGCUUGUCGAUUGAGGACGUUCUUGGAUGUUGUAAGGUAAAUAAACUAGCUGUUAAUGAAUUUUAGGUAACAAAACCCAGUAAAACUCUAGUUUUAGGUAGCAAAUGCCGAUAAAAGUCUAAAUUUAGGUAACAAAAUUAACUAAAAACGUAAUUUUAGGUAACAAAAUUUAACAAGAAUUGUACUUCACGUAAGAAAAGCAUAAAUUUAGGUAACAAAACCAAAAAAUCAAAUUUUAGGUUUGUGGCAACUGCUAUGGUGGAGAUCCACUAAAAGCCCUAGCCUACUGGGUAGUCGAAGGCAUAGUAACGGGAGCCAAGGAUGGCUGUAGGCCCUAUACUCAGAACAAAGAUUGUGGUACUCCUUGUUUACCAGACGAAUAUCCAAGCGGAGAACAGAAAAGACAAUGCCUCAGGCAAUGCCAAAACGCCUACUAUAAGAACAGCUAUGCUGAGGAUAAGAACUUUGGUGGGUUUUGAUGGUUUUUAUAGAUUUAAAAAUUUUUUUGAGGUUUACCAAUAUACUUUUGUUACUUUUUCUUAAUUAUUCUACUUUUUUGUUUAUAUUCAACUUUCAUUGUUUUCGCUGUGGGACCUAAAUAGGGUAUUGGGUCCUACCACGAAAAGUUGGAAAAACGACAAAAUAUUUUGAGGCUUAAAAUAUCCUUUUUUAGUACUUUUUCUGAACUAUUCUUUUAUCUUUUUGACUAUUUUCAACUUUUAUUGUCUUUGCGGUGUGAACCAUAUAUGGCUUUGGGUCCUACCACGAAAACUUUCAAAAAGAAUAAAAAUGUAUGGAAAAACAUAAAAUUAAACUUUUUGAGUUCAUUGAUGUUGUUUUAUAAAAAAAUUGUUUUUUUAUACUUAAACUUGUUAAUUUUCGAAGACGUUUAAGGUCCCAACACGAAAACUUUUAAGCUAAACGAAAAUGCUUCAAAUAGCUUAAUUUACAGUUUCUUAAAAAUUUAUUUAAUGAUUUUUCAACGUAUUUUACAUUUGAAUUUUGAUUUUGAAAAAAUUUUGGGUCUCACCACGAAAACUUUCGUAGCUUAAAAUUGAGUUUUAAACCUAAAAUAAGAUACAAUUUCAACAAAUAAAUAGAGUAAUAAGGAUAAAAAAAUGUAACUUUAAAAUGUUUUAGGAUCUCUGGCCUAUACCUUGUAUCCUCGCAAAAUGACAGUAGAUCAAAGUGGCAAGGAGAAGGUGAUGAUGUCAUCAGUGAUUGGUCAUUUCAACAAAACUUCGGAAAAACCACUGACUUCUGAGCAGGUAAGUUGUUCAGCAAAGAUAUGAUUAGUCUUUAUCAUUUUGUUAUUUGUAAAGAAAGGUCUUGCCAUUUUAUGAAUUGUAAAGAAAGUUUUUGCUCUUUUUUGUUUCCGAAAGAAAGUUCUUGCCAUUUUAUGUUUUGUAAAGGAAGUUUUUGCUCUUUUUUGUUUCCGAAAGAAAGUUCUUGCCAUUUUAUGUUUUGUAAAGAAAGUUUUUGCCAUUUUUUGUUUUGUAAAGAAAGUUUUCGCCGUUUUAUGAUCUGUAAAGAAAGUUCUUACCAAUUUUAACUGAAAAGCGCUUAUUUUUGGGUUGCGCAGUUUGCGGAUGACAAGUUAUACGAUGAGUACGUUUCUUAUUUUUUUUUAGGAAGUUCAAAUAAUUCUGUGCUUCUCACAAUGCUAAUUUUUGUGGUUAAAGGGCUCAGAAUUAUUUGACCAAUUUAAUAAAUUUCCGUAUUUUACAACUGACACUCACAUUCGUACCCAAUGAUACUCAAUAACACCUUCAGAUCCACGACAUAAUCAAAAAAGAGCUUUACCUGUUCGGUCCCACCACGAUGGCGUUCCCCGUGACCGAAGAGUUUCUGCACUACGAGUCCGGAAUCUUUCAUCCGAUGCCGGAAGAGCACUUCGAGAAGCGCAUCAUCUACUGGCAUGUGGUGAGGCUGAUUGGGUGGGGCAGGGACAGCAACGACAAGUUAUAUUGGACCGCCAUCAACAGCUUCGGCUCUCAGUGGGGUGACAACGGUAGGUUUGGGUACUGUAGCUUUUGGAAAUUUGGGAAGAUGAGGUACUGUAACAUUCUAAAAGUUGUGAGAGUGGGGGUACUGUACCCUUUGAAAAUUUGGGUAAGGGAGAGGGGUCAGGUACUGUAACAUUGAAAAAUUUGGGAGAGUGGGGUACUGUAACAAGCGAAAGUUUGGGAGAAUGGGUGUACUAUAAGAUUCGAAAAUUGAAAGGGUGGGUUACUGUAACAUUUAAAGAUUUGAAAAAGUGGGGUACUGUAACAUGAAAAAAUUUAAACAUAGGGUACUGUAACUCUGAAACGUAACGAGAUUGAGUACAGUAACCUCAGAAAAUUUAAAAAAAUAGUAUACUGUAUCAAUGUCUUACUGUAGCUCGGUGUUACUUUUAGGAGCCUUCUAUAUUGACACUUCGUUAUUGGAAAAGUUUGGCCUAGAAUACGAAACGGGAUUGCCUUUGUAA